GUUUUACACACACAGCUGAGAGAAAAGGGAGUCAGUCAGAGAAGAAAAGCGACCUCAACCCUACACCGGUACAGGCAGCGGCUCUGGCAACUGCCGUCCCUUUGUUCUGUACGGGCUUUGACAAGCACAAAGUGGUAUUUAGACACAUACGUAUUCCUCAAUGCCAACGCGAACAUUUACAGAAAUGGACUCAAACGGGGCCGAGUACAUGGAUCGCUGCGGGUCCUACGUAAAGAGAAGAAGGCGUGACAGCGAACAGUCUGUCCCCAGCGGGACCUGUGGCCUGGAGUACACCGACCUGGAGGCCGCCGAAGCGCUGGUGUGCAUGAGCUCCUGGGGCCAGGGCCACUUUGUCUGCGGCGGCGGCAAGCCAGCCCCCUGCAAGCCCAGGCCCCUCACCCCAGCUUCGGAUUCCUGUGACUCACUCAUGCCGUCAGAACUCCCGGAGCCCCCGAAGGACUUUGUGUCUCUCUCCUCCCUUUGCAUGACUCCCCCUCAUAGCCCCAGCUUUGUCGAGGCUUCCAGCGCGGCGCUCCAGUCAAGCUCCGCCCCCGCUGUGUCCUCACAACACUGUGGCUCCGGCCUCCGUCAACCCGUCCCGGCACCCGUGGCUGAAAAUACGCCCUCCCUCCCUCCCCUGCCGCAGCCCUGCAGAGCCAUGGCGACCAGCGUCAUCCGCCACACCGCAGACAGUGUCCCCUGCCAACACCGCAUUCCAGUGGCCCCCAGUCCAGAGACAACCAGAGACACAGUAAUGGCUGCAACCGUCUGCCAGCAGCAGCAGCAGCAGCAGCAGCAGCAGCAGCGUGUUACAAAGACUGAGCAGACGACCACACCUCCAUCCACUGCUGCUCCUCUCACACCCCCUUUAUUCGCCUCAAAAACAGAGCAGCACGCCCGGCCCCCGAAACCCUGUUGGAACAGCGUCUCCACCCCCGCUCCUGUCAAUAUGCAAAUCCAAAGCAGCCCUCCCACUCCCCCUGCUCUGGCAGCUCUGUCCCCGCCCUCGGCCCCCAACCCUCAAAUCAUCUGCCAGAUGUUUCCCGUCAGCAGCCAAUCAGGUAUAAUCUCUGCCUUCAUCCCCGGCGCGGUUCAGACGACCAAUAACGGGAUUCGGACCGCCGCCACGCCCAUCCUCCCCCAGCCCGCCUCGGGAAACUCCGCCUCUGUCCAGCAGUCCCUCAUCGUGGGCUCGGCGAUGCCCCAGGGCACGGUCAUGCUGGUUCUCCCUCAGUCCUCAAUCUCUCAGGCCUCUCACUGCCCUCAGGCUGUCAUGACCCUGGGCAACACCAAGCUGCUACCUCUGGCCCCGGCCCCGGUGUACGUGCCGGCGGGGGCCCAGCUGGGUAUGACGGCGACAAAGAUGGACUUUUCCCGCAGGAGAAACUAUGUCUGCACCUUCCCGGGCUGCAGGAAGACUUACUUCAAGAGCUCACACCUCAAGGCUCACCUAAGAACACACACAGGCGAGAAGCCCUUCAGCUGCAGCUGGGACGGCUGCGAGAAGCGGUUCGCCCGCUCCGACGAGCUCUCCCGUCACCGGCGGACACACACGGGCGAAAAGAAAUUUGUGUGUCCCGUGUGCGACCGGCGAUUCAUGCGAAGCGACCACCUCACCAAACACGCCCGCCGCCACAUGACCACGAAGAAAAUGCCCUCCUGGCAGGCCGACGUCCGGAGCCUGAACAAAAUGGCCGCCGCCAGAACGCCUCCCUCAAAACCCGGCCUCGCCACACUGAGCAUGCUGGUACCUGCCGGCUCAAAGUAGACAAUGAACACUGCCCUGCCGCCCACUCCCAAGAUACCAGGGACACGGAGCAGCCAAGCACGCACGGCUGCUGCUAUUUUACUCAUGGGAAUGACAGAAAAACAUGCACUGGACUCUUUUAUUCCUCUCGACUGCUCAUUUGUA